AUGUCCGUGGACAUCUCAAGACUCUCCAUCAACGGCAAAACCGACGACGCUGCGUCCGUGGCGUCGUUCAAAAACGACUACAUCGACACCCCUUUCCUGGGAAAGCAAGAUCAGUUCGACCAGGUUCUCGAUAUCUUGGAUCUGACCGGUUUCAUCCCAGAGUCGCUUAUCGAGUCUGAGGCCAAGUGGUUCUACAACUGCCUCGGAAUCGACGACGUGUACUUUGCCAAGGAAACCCCAAAGGGCAUAGCCUCCCACAUACAUUCGCUUUAUUCUUGUAAAGUCCAGGCCUUUGCCUCCGACAUCAAGGUCAGCGAACAGCCCUUGAUCAGAUACAAGAGAGAGGGCGCCUCCCAUUCCGUGUUUUUCGACACGCUGUUCCACGGAGCUGGCUUCGACAAGCGUCGUUUCGACGAUGUCAUUGACGAAAAGUACAUUGACUCCUCCUAUGGCAACGACGCUUACAGAUUGGAGUACUUCUCGGCACCCCUCCAGUACUCGCUGGAUCCGAUCUUGGCCGGUGUGGCGGAGAAGUACGCCGCUAACCCGGACUCCGCUGCCAUUUUCGCCAAGCAGCAGGUCAAGUGCCACUUUGUCUACAAGACCAAGUACGCCCACGAGAAUGCCGACCCCAAUGAGACCAGCAUUGAGAAGAUCAGCGACGAGACUUUCUGGAAAAUCGCCUCCGACAGAACCAAGACCCUCUACCAGGACGUGAUCAAGAAGGUGGUGAGCUCCACCGGCCCUGUGAUCCAGCACUUCCCCAUUGAGGAGUCUGAAGAAUACAGAGUCGUGAUUGGUUACCGCCAGAAGACCUCGCCUUCGUACAACUCGGCUCUUUCCGACCUCGCCGACUACUACAAGCUCUCCACCACCAGAAAGUACGUGGAACAGUUCUCCAAUGGCGUGACCAUCAUCUCCAUGUACAUCAAGGCCACUGUGGACGACUCCGGCAAGACCCCAAUCGACCUCUCGAUCUACCAGGUGAUCAAGGAGGCCUCCUUGUUGUACUGUAUCCCCCACAACUACUUCCACGACUUGUUCAUCAAGAACGAGUUGUCCUUGCAAGAGGCCAUCUACUCGCAGUGUGGUGUGAUCUUUGUGACCCACUUUUUGAACCGUUUGGGUCCCGAGUACACCAAGUUGUCGCAGUUGCUUGAUCCUUCCAAGCUGAUCCAGCACGCUGAGGUGUUGAACUCGUUGAAGAAGCGUUUGCGUUCCGAGACUUACACCCAGGACUACAUCAAGGAGGUGUUCUUCACCAGAAAGGACAUCAUCCGCAAGUUGUACCGCCAGUUUGCCGAUGUCCACUACAUCAGACUGUCGAUGGAGAAGACCUUGUCUUACCAGCGUCUUUCUCAGAUCACCCCAGUCGGUACCGAGGAGGAGUUUGAGCAGAUUUUGAGCAGAGAGUGUGGCCAGAACGAGCACCACGCCAUCGUCUUGAGAGCCCUCUUCAUGUUCAACAAGUCCAUUCUCAAGACCAACUUCUACACCUCCACCAAGGUGGCCAUCUCGUUCCGUUUGGACCCAUCCUUCUUGCCCCAGUCGGAGUACCCCGAGACCCCAUACGGUAUGUUCUUCAUUGUGGGCUCGGACUUCAGAGGAUUCCACAUUCGUUUCAGAGACAUCUCCAGAGGUGGUAUCCGUGUGGUGCGUUCCAGAUCCGUGGAUGCCUACAAUGUCAACGUCCGCAACUUGUUUGAUGAAAACUACAACUUGGCUGCCACCCAGCAGAAGAAAAACAAGGACAUUCCUGAAGGCGGGUCCAAGGGUGCCUCUUUUGAGAAGUACAUUGACGCCAUGAUCGACUUGUUGCUCAAGCAGCACAUUCCUGGCGCCAAGGAGCCAUUUGUGGAUCUCUACAACAAGCCCGAGAUUCUCUUCUGUGGUCCUGACGAAGGUACUGCUCCAUACGUCGACUGGGCUGCUCUUCACGCUCGUACCAGAGGUGCUCCAUGGUGGAAGUCCUUCUUCACCGGUAAGUCUCAGCAGAUUGGUGGUAUUCCUCACGACGAGUACGGAAUGACCUCUCUUUCGGUCAGAUCCUACGUGAACAAGAUCUACGAGAAGCUCGAGAUUGACAAUGCCACCAUCAGAAAAGUGCAGACCGGUGGUCCAGACGGUGACUUGGGUUCCAACGAGAUCAAGCUUUCCAGAGACGAGAAGUACGUUGGAAUUGUCGACGGUUCUGGUGUCAUUGCCGACCCUAACGGUUUGGACAAGCAGGAGCUCUUGCGUUUGGCCAAGGCUCGUAAGAUGAUUGACCACUACGACCGCUCCAAACUCUCCAAGACCGGUUUCAUCGUUCUUGUGGAAGAGAACGACGUCCAGUUGCCGGACGGUACUGUCAUUGGUUCUGGUGUGACUUUCCGUAACACCUUCCACGUGAAGAUCCAGGAGAUCUACGGUACCAGCGGUGUGGACUUGUUCGUGCCAUGUGGUGGUCGUCCUGCUGCCAUUGACACCGACAAUGUGCGUACCUUGAUUGACCAGAAGACCGGCAAGAGCAUCAUUCCAUACUUUGUGGAGGGCGCCAACCUUUUCAUCACCCAGUCUGCCAAGCUCAUUUUGGAGAACGCUGGCUGUGUGAUUUUCAAGGAUGCCUCUACCAACAAGGGUGGUGUUACUUCCUCGUCCUUGGAGGUUCUUGCUGCUCUUUCUUUCGACGACAACGGAUUCUUGAAGAACAUGUGCAUUGACUCCUCCGGCGUCAAGCCCGAGUUCUACGAGGCCUACGUCAAGGAGGUGCAGCGCAAGAUCGUGGACAAUGCCCAGAUGGAGUUUGAGGCCUUGUGGAAGUUGAAGCACGAGACCGGCAACCCCAUCACCGAAUUGUCCGACAAGCUUUCGCAGGCGAUCAACAAGCUUGGUGACGAGUUGGCCAACUCGCAGGAAUUGUGGAACGACGAUGCCGAGUUCAGAAACGCCGUUUUGGUUGACUCGCUCCCACCAUUGUUGCUCAAGUCGAUUGGCAUGGAUGCCAUCUUGGAGCGUGUUCCUGAGUCCUACCUCAAGGCUUUGUUUGCCACCCGUUUGGCCUCGAGAUUUGUCUACUCGAGAGGCAUUGACCUGAACCCAGCCAAGUUUUUGGAGUUUAUCUCUUCGAUCAAGAAGGAGUACAAGGAGAGACAGCUCUUGUGA